AUGGAUCCCACGAUCACAAAUGAUCUAACGAAUCUAGAAUUGGGGCACGUGUUGUUCGAAAAGGCCAUGAAAGGGAAAUGGGGUGAAGUCGUUGAUAUAUGUACGGAAAACCCAUGGUCUCUAGUGGCCGCAAUCACCAGGUUGGAGGACACACUGUUACACCUAGCUGUCUCCAGCGGCCAAGAGGAGACGGUCCGAAAACUCACAUCUAUUAUCUCUGAACAGCCAAAUCACGAAAUGCUACUGAGGGUUAAAAAUGAGAGAGAGAACACCACUCUCCAUAUCGCUGCACUAAUGGGGAAUGAGGCCAUGUGUAAGUGCAUAGCAAGUGUUGAUCAUUCAUUGAUCGGAGAACGUAACCAUGAGGGAGAGACUCCUCUUUUCACGGCAGUGCUCUUCGGUAAACAACAAGCCUUCCAAUGCCUUUACGAUUUGUGUCCAUCUGACGCGCGUUACAGUUGUUCCAGGAAUACGCAUACUGGUGACACGAUUCUUCACUGCGCCAUAUCUGGAGACCAUUUUGGUGAGUAA